CGUAGGCUUGACAUAUCCGUGUGUCAACAGUGUCCGGUCGGUGUGUACGCACCAUUAGGAAAUCACGCGAGACUCAAGCAGCGGUGAACGUUAGAGUUAACUGUUUCGGUUUCAGUUAUCAUUUUACGUUGCUCCACAGCUAGGUUAUAUUAUAAUCUAUACCGUGGUCCGGCGAGGGAGGUUAAUUGCUAUAAACAGUGGAGAUGCAGCCUGCAGCAGCCAAGUGGUAUGACAGACGUGACUCUGUUUUUGUAGACUUCUGCGUGGAGGACAGUAAAGAUGUGAAAAUACAUUUUGACAAGUCCAAAUUUGAAUUCAGCUGCGUAAGUGGAACAAAUAAUAUCAAACAACAGAAUUCCGUGGACCUUUUCGGGGAGAUUGACCCCAAAGAGUCUAAAUACAGACGCACUGACAGGUCUGUGUUGUGUUGUUUACGCAAAGUCGAGGCUGGGAAAUCAUGGCCACGUCUUACGAAAGAAAAGUCAAAGUGCAACUGGCUGAGUGUGGACUUCAAUAAUUGGAAAGACUGGGAGGAUGACUCAGAUGAGGACUUGUCAAGUUUUGACAAAUUCUCAGAGAUGAUGAACACAAUGGGAGGGGAUGAUAUACCUGAUUUAGAUGGUCCAGAAGAAGAGCAUGAAUCUGCAGACAGCGAUGAUGAAAAAAUGCCUGACCUUGAGUAGAUGAAUAUGGACGCCACCUCAGUAGUAAUCAAAGCAAGUUUAAAGUCUGUUGAAGAGAGAGACCUACAUUGGCAGCCAUGGUGGAGAAGGGACCUCAUCUCAUAAUGCAGUUUCCAAAGUGAAACCCCUCCAGGUUGAGAUGGUUGGAUGCUGACAUGCACAGGAGUCCAUAGAGACAUACAGUGCUGUGCUUUGCUGUUGUGUUCUGCAUGGGCACUUCUGUUCAAAUGACAUUGUUAUUGUUCUUAAAUGACUGUAAUGGGAUGUGCUGAUGUCUUACACUCUCUGUCUCUCUGUUUUUGCCACAUGUGGCUGUGAUUUGUGAUUUGUAAUUAAGAAGAAGAAAAAGUACCUAUUUUCCAAAACCUAGAUUUUUUUAAUGAUAGAAAUCCCCCUUUUCAUGUUUGUAUUGUAAAAUGCACUUAUUUUAUUUGUUAAUUUAAGAAGCAGGAGUUCCGCUUCAAAUGGGUUUACAAAUGUAUGCCAAUAUCUGCAAAGAUUUAACAAUUUAACUGUAAAACAUAAUUCAGCAAAUGGAAAAAACUGAUAUGUUGGUGCAACUAAAAGCUUGUGUUGAGAUUAUAAUAGUGGUACAUUCUUUGCUAAGAGUUAACUAUGCCAGUGUAAUAACAUUGCACAUUGUAGCUGAUACAAUAGUAACUUUCUUCCAUAUGCAUACUGAGGUGAGGGCAGUAGUUCUAUAUAGUCUACCAAGAUUUUCCCAAUUAGUUUAAACAAUACAGGUUCUGAAUGUUUAUCAUACACUAGAUCUUUGCUUUGGAGGUUUGUGUGUUUGAUUGAAAACAUGUUAAACACCUGUGUUUGUAUUGCUUUUAUUAUUGGGAGUUUUGGUAUACAUUUCUAAUAAACUGUUUCAGAUCGUUGAA